AUGUAUGAGGGCAAGAAGACGAAAAACAUGUUCCUGAACCGGGCCCUGGAGAAGAUUUUGGCCGACAAGGAAGUGAAGAAAGCGCAUCACUCCCAGCUGCGCAAAGCGUGCGAGGUGGCAUUAGAGGAAAUAAAAGCCGAAACUGAAAAGCAAAGUCCUCCUCAUGGAGAAACAAAAACUGGAUCAAGUACCCUCCCACCAGUGAAAUCAAAGACAAAUUUUAUUGAAGCAGACAAGUACUUCUUACCCUUUGAGUUGGCAUGUCAGUCUAAAUGUCCCCGAAUAGUUAGUACAUCUUUAGAUUGUUUACAGAAACUUAUUGCUUAUGGACACUUGACUGGCAAUGCUCCAGAUAGUACAACUCCAGGCAAAAAAUUAAUUGACAGAAUUAUUGAAACAAUAUGUGGUUGUUUCCAGGGUCCCCAAACAGACGAGGGUGUUCAGUUGCAGAUAAUAAAGUUGCAGGAAGCCAAACAAAUGGAAAAAGAAAGGCAUCGGCAGCAUCACCUGCUGUUGCAGUCUCCAGUAAGCCAUCAUGAGCCUGAAUCACCUCACCUUAGAUAUCUGCCACCUCAGACUGUUGACCAUAUGUCCCAAGAACAUGAAGGGGACCUUGACCCUCAUGCAAAUGAUAUGGAUAAAAGCCUUCAGGAUGAAACAGAGCCUGAAAAUGGAUCUGAUCUUUCCAGUGCAGAAAAUGAACAGACCGAAGCUGAUCAGGCAACUGCAGCUGAAACGUUGUCUAAAAAUGAUAUCUUAUAUGAUGGAGAAAAUAAUGACCUGGAGGAAAAACCACAAGACAUUGUUCAGAGCAUUGUAGAAGAAAUGGUGAACAUAGUCGUUGGAGAUAUGGGAGAUGUGACUACGGUAAAUGUAAAUGCAGAUGGCAGUGUUGGAACUUUAGAGGAUGGUAGUGAUAGUGAAAAUAUUCAAGCAAAUGGAAUACCUGGAACACCCAUUUCUGUUGCAUACACACCAUCUUUACCUGAUGACAGAUUAUCUGUCUCGUCCAAUGAUACUCAGGAAUCUGGAAAUUCUUCAGGACCUUCACCUGGUGCUAAGUUUUCCCACAUUUUACAAAAGGAUGCCUUUCUAGUAUUCAGGUCAUUAUGUAAACUGUCAAUGAAACCACUGUCAGAUGGACCACCAGAUCCAAAGUCUCAUGAGUUACGAUCCAAGAUCCUUUCGUUGCAAUUACUUCUGUCCAUUCUGCAGAAUGCAGGACCUGUUUUCAGGACUAAUGAGAUGUUCAUUAAUGCUAUUAAACAGUAUCUUUGUGUUGCACUCUCAAAAAACGGAGUGUCAUCUGUUCCAGAGGUUUUUGAGCUUUCUCUUUCAAUAUUUCUUACAUUGUUGUCAAACUUCAAGACACACUUGAAGAUGCAAAUUGAGGUAUUCUUUAAAGAAAUUUUCCUGUAUAUACUGGAAACUUCUACCAGCUCAUUUGACCACAAAUGGAUGGUUAUUCAGACUCUGACAAGGAUUUGUGCAGAUGCUCAGAGUGUAGUGGAUAUUUAUGUAAACUAUGACUGUGAUUUAAAUGCAGCAAAUAUAUUUGAAAGAUUAGUAAAUGAUCUAUCAAAAAUUGCUCAAGGACGGGGCAGUCAAGAACUUGGUAUGAGUAAUGUUCAGGAAUUGAGCUUGAGGAAAAAAGGUUUAGAAUGCUUAGUGUCAAUUUUGAAGUGCAUGGUUGAAUGGAGUAAGGAUCAAUAUGUGAAUCCCAACUCCCAGACAACUCUUGGUCAGGAAAAACCUUCAGAGCAGGAGACAAGUGAAAUCAAACAUCCUGAGACAAUAAACAGAUAUGGAAGUCUAAAUUCUCUGGAGUCAACAUCAUCAUCAGGGAUAGGCAGCUACAGUACACAGAUGUCUGGCAAUGAUAAUCCAGAACAAUUUGAGGUUCUUAAGCAACAAAAGGAAAUAAUUGAGCAAGGGAUAGAUUUGUUUAAUAAGAAACCAAAGAGAGGAAUUCAGUACCUCCAAGAACAAGGAAUGCUUGGCACUACCCCUGAAGACAUUGCCCAGUUCUUACAUCAAGAGGAAAGAUUAGAUUCUACUCAGGUGGGUGAGUUCCUGGGCGAUAAUGAUAAGUUUAACAAAGAAGUUAUGUAUGCAUAUGUGGACCAGCAUGACUUUUCAGGAAAAGACUUUGUUUCAGCUCUUCGCAUGUUUCUAGAAGGUUUCCGUCUUCCAGGAGAAGCCCAGAAAAUUGAUCGAUUAAUGGAAAAAUUUGCUGCAAGAUACCUAGAAUGCAACCAAGGACAAACUCUUUUUGCUAGCGCAGAUACUGCUUAUGUUUUGGCUUAUUCAAUUAUCAUGUUGACAACAGAUCUUCACAGUCCACAGGUUAAAAAUAAAAUGACGAAGGAACAGUACAUUAAGAUGAAUAGGGGUAUCAAUGACAGCAAAGAUCUUCCUGAAGAGUAUCUGUCAGCCAUCUAUAAUGAAAUAGCAGGGAAAAAAAUAUCAAUGAAAGAAACAAAAGAAUUAACCAUCCCUACAAAAUCAAGUAAGCAAAAUGUAGCCAGUGAAAAGCAGAGACGACUUCUGUAUAACUUAGAAAUGGAGCAGAUGGCUAAGACAGCUAAAGCACUCAUGGAGGCUGUGAGCCACGUACAGGCACCAUUUACAAGUGCCACACAUUUGGAGCAUGUGAGGCCCAUGUUUAAAUUGGCAUGGACACCUUUUCUGGCUGCAUUCAGUGUGGGUCUGCAAGAUUGUGAUGAUACUGAAGUAGCUUCUCUUUGCCUGGAAGGUAUAAGAUGUGCAAUCAGAAUUGCAUGUAUUUUCAGCAUUCAGUUGGAAAGAGAUGCAUAUGUCCAAGCACUUGCAAGAUUUACCUUACUCACCGUGAGUUCUGGUAUUACAGAAAUGAAGCAAAAAAAUAUUGACACAAUUAAAACUCUCAUCACGGUAGCUCAUACAGAUGGAAACUAUUUAGGAAAUUCAUGGCAUGAGAUUCUGAAGUGUAUCAGUCAGUUGGAGCUGGCACAACUGAUAGGAACUGGCGUGAAACCCCGAUACAUAUCUGGAACAGUGCGAGGACGUGAAGGAUCUCUUAGUGGAACAAAAGAUCAGGCACCUGAUGAAUUUGUGGGUCUAGGGCUAGUUGGAGGAAAUGUGGACUGGAAGCAGAUAGCAAGCAUUCAGGAAUCCAUUGGAGAAACCAGUUCUCAAAGUGUCGUCGUUGCUGUAGAUAGAAUAUUUACGGGAUCCACAAGACUAGAUGGAAACGCUAUUGUGGAUUUUGUCCGCUGGCUCUGUGCUGUGUCUAUGGAUGAAUUACUUUCGACUACACAUCCAAGGAUGUUUAGUUUGCAAAAAAUAGUAGAAAUAUCAUAUUAUAACAUGGGAAGAAUAAGAUUGCAGUGGUCUCGGAUUUGGGAAGUUAUUGGCGAUCAUUUUAAUAAGGUUGGCUGUAACCCUAAUGAAGAUGUAGCUAUUUUUGCAGUAGACUCUUUGAGGCAACUGUCAAUGAAAUUCUUAGAGAAAGGAGAACUUGCUAAUUUCAGAUUUCAAAAGGAUUUCUUAAGACCUUUUGAACAUAUAAUGAAACGAAACAGGUCUCCUACAAUUCGAGAUAUGGUUGUACGAUGCAUAGCACAGAUGGUUAAUUCUCAAGCUGCUAAUAUUCGUUCUGGAUGGAAGAAUAUUUUCUCUGUAUUUCAUCUCGCUGCAUCUGAUCAAGAUGAAAGCAUAGUGGAACUUGCAUUCCAAACAACAGGGCACAUUGUUACCCUUGUGUUUGAAAAACACUUUCCAGCAACCAUUGAUUCUUUUCAGGAUGCUGUGAAAUGUUUGUCUGAAUUUGCAUGCAAUGCGGCCUUCCCAGACACAAGUAUGGAAGCAAUUAGACUUAUUCGCCAUUGUGCAAAAUAUGUGUCUGAUAGACCUCAGACCUUCAAGGAAUACACAAGUGAUGACAUGAAUGUAGCACCUGAAGACAGGGUGUGGGUGAGAGGAUGGUUCCCAAUUCUCUUUGAGUUAUCCUGUAUCAUCAAUAGAUGCAAAUUAGAUGUAAGAACCAGGGGCUUAACUGUAAUGUUUGAAAUAAUGAAAACAUAUGGCCAUACUUAUGAAAAACAUUGGUGGCAGGAUUUAUUCCGAAUUGUUUUCAGAAUCUUUGACAACAUGAAGUUGCCAGAACAGCAGACAGAGAAAGCAGAGUGGAUGACAACGACUUGCAACCAUGCACUUUACGCAAUCUGUGAUGUGUUCACCCAGUAUUUAGAAGUGCUCAGUGAUGUGCUUCUGGAUGAUAUUUUUGCACAACUGUACUGGUGUGUGCAGCAAGAUAAUGAGCAAUUAGCACGAUCUGGUACCAACUGCUUAGAGAAUGUUGUUAUUCUGAAUGGUGAAAAAUUUACCCUAGAAAUCUGGGAUAAAACCUGUAACUGCACAUUGGAUAUCUUCAAAACCACAAUCCCACAUGCGCUCUUGACGUGGCGUCCCACAUCUGGAGAAACGGCUCCCCCAUCUCCAUCACCUGUGAGUGAAAAACAGUUGGAUACAGUAUCACAAAAAUCUGUAGAUAUUCAUGAUUCUAUUCAACCAAGAUCUUCAGAUAAUAGACAGCAGGCACCAUUGACUUCUGUCUCUGCUGUGAAUGAAGAGGUCGGCAAAGUCAAGCCUACGGCAAAAUUUCCAGAACAAAAAUUGUUUGCUGCCCUGUUGAUUAAAUGUGUUGUGCAGCUGGAACUCAUCCAGACUAUCGACAACAUCGUGUUCUUCCCAGCCACAAGUAAGAAGGAAGAUGCGGAGAACUUAGCUGCCGCACAGAGAGAUGCAGUCGACUUUGAUGUCCGUGUUGAUACUCAAGACCAGGGGAUGUACCGCUUUCUAACAUCACAGCAGCUUUUUAAGUUGCUUGACUGUUUACUAGAGUCACACAGAUUUGCUAAAGCUUUUAAUUCCAACAAUGAACAGAGGACUGCUCUCUGGAAAGCAGGCUUCAAGGGCAAGUCCAAGCCCAACCUUCUAAAGCAAGAGACGAGCAGCCUGGCCUGUGGCCUGCGCAUCCUGUUCCGGAUGUACACAGAUGAGGGCCGGGCCAGCGCCUGGGAGGAGGUCCAGCACCGGCUGCUCAAUGUCUGCAGUGAAGCGCUGAGCUACUUCCUUACUCUAACAUCGGAAAGUCAUCGGGAAGCCUGGACCAAUUUGCUGCUCUUGUUCUUAACUAAAGUGCUGAAGAUCAGUGAUAACAGGUUUAAAGCUCAUGCCUCGUUCUACUACCCUCUCCUGUGUGAAAUUAUGCAGUUUGACUUGAUUCCUGAGCUUCGUGCUGUUCUUAGAAGAUUUUUUCUGCGAAUUGGAGUCGUUUUCCAGAUAUCGCCGCCACCCGAACAGGAACCUGGGAUAAACAAGCAAUGA